UUUCCUGACGCUGAGUCAUCCUAAAAAAAUUUGUCUAUGCUAAUGGAACAGGAAAAGUUUUCAGAUGAUAUGGACCCCCAAGAGAUGAGCGAGAACCUCAAAUUGCUUAGGGGUCGCACUCUGUUCCCGCUUGGUGGACGAGAUCUUCUCUCCUUUUAGCUCCCACCACGCCCUUGCCCUCUUUCACCGAAGAGGAAAGAAGAAUCUUCCAAGCGGACAGAGACCUAAAUUUCCAUUAGAUUCAUUCCUAAGCUUUCUUUGUUGCAGCAAGAUGAUUAGUCCGAGAGUGCCGAAGAGAAAGCGGUAAAAACCUCUCUGAUUCGGUCACCGAGCAGUCGGACGACUCUUCAGUAACCCAGGAUGACCCCUUCGAUGCUUCUUUCGCUGUAUACCCCCUCCAUCCUUCGAAAGUAAAAGAAAGGGAUACUAAAUAUAUUCUUACUUACUUACUUAUAUAUAUAUAUAUAAGAAUAUAUACAUAAGUAAGUAGGGCCCCAGAACGCUAAAAAGGUGGGGGAACAAGAGUUGUCACGAUAGGAAAGAGAAAUGACUAUAAGGAACCAACGAUUCUCUCUUCUUAAACAACCUAUAUCCUCCACACUUAAUCAGCAUUUGAUAGAUUAUCCAACCCCGAGCAAUCUUAGUUAUUGGUGGGGGUUCGGUCCGUUAGCUGGUAUUUGUUUAGUCAUUCAGAUAGUGACUGGCGUUUUUUUAGCUAUGCAUUACACACCUCAUGUGGAUCUAGCUUUCAACAGCGUAGAACACGUUAUGAGAGAUGUUGAAGGGGGCUGGUUGCUACGUUAUAUGCAUGCUAAUGGGGCAAGUAUGUUUCUCAUUGUGGUUUACCUUCAUAUUUUUCGUGGUCUAUAUCAUGCGAGUUAUAGCAGUCCUAGGGAAUUUGUUCGGUGUCUCGGAGUUGUAAUCUUCCUAUUAAUGAUUGUGACAGCUUUUAUAGGAUACGUACUACCUUGGGGUCAGAUGAGCUUUUGGGGAGCUACAGUAAUUACAAGCUUAGCUAGCGCCAUACCUGUAGUAGGAGAUACCAUAGUGACUUGGCUUUGGGGUGGUUUCUCCGUGGACAAUGCCACCUUAAAUCGUUUUUUUAGUCUUCAUCAUUUACUCCCCUUUAUUUUAGUAGGCGCCAGUCUUCUUCAUCUGGCCGCAUUGCAUCAAUAUGGAUCAAAUAAUCCAUUGGGUGUACAUUCAGAGAUGGAUAAAAUUUCUUUUUACCCUUAUUUUUAUGUAAAAGAUCUAGUAGGUUGGGUAGCUUUUGCUAUCUUUUUUUCUAUUUGGAUUUUUUAUGCUCCUAAUGUUUUGGGGCAUCCCGACAAUUAUAUACCUGCUAAUCCGAUGUCCACCCCGCCUCAUAUUGUGCCGGAAUGGUAUUUCCUACCGAUCCAUGCCAUUCUUCGUAGUAUACCUGACAAAUCGGGAGGUGUAGCCGCAAUAGCACCAGUUUUUAUAUGUCUGUUGGCUUUACCUUUUUUUAAAAAUAUGUAUGUGCGUAGUUCAAGUUUUCGCCCGAUUUAUCAAGGAAUUUUUUGGUUGCUUUUGGCGGAUUGCUUACUACUAGGUUGGAUCGGAUGUCAACCUGUGGAGGCACCAUUUGUUACUAUUGGACAAAUUUCUCCUUUUGUUUUCUUCUUGUUCUUUGCCAUAACGCCUAUUCUGGGACGGGUUGGAAGAGGAAUUCCUAAUUCUUACACUGAGACUGAUCACACCUGAUCAGUGAAAAAUUCUGACACCAAUCAUUUACAAGUGAGUAUUACACCAAGAAUUGACAAGCGGAUGAGUUUUCUAGUUGGCUAUGUUGAUAUAGCUUAUAAAAGGGAAAUCAACUAUAGGGUGAGAAUGAAGAAGAAAAGAGACCGGAACGAGACGGAAGGAAACAGAGAGGAAAGACUUAAACCUGCUUUUCCGUGCUAACCAGAGCAGUCGGAAGUAGCGACGGGUUAAUCGAAGGUAGCGAGUCUCGGGUCUUUGUCGCCAGUCUUUCUUCUCCGGGUUAAGUCUAAGUCUUUUUCUUCCCCUGGUCUUUCGAGUUAAAGGUCUUUGUCUUUGUACGAGAAGGUUCCAAUUCAAAUGCUCUAAAUGGGCUUUUGAGACCAAUUAUUGUCCAACAAGAGUGUCUUGCCUGCUUCUUCCUUUGGUGCCUAGUCUAUAGGUCCAAUCUCAUCUGCUAGCGCUUAUUUGUUGCUUGGUCCGGGCACAUUCAUCGAUUUCUUUUCAUUUUUCUCGGGCUAUGGGCAUCGGUCCACAUGAAUCAAGCUAAUCCCUUAUUUUUCGAUAGCGAUAUCGAGAAAUGCAUUCCACUUUCUCGAAAGUAUAAGAAAACGAUCCUUCUUUUCUUUUGACAUUCCUUUUCGUUACCUAUUUCUAAUUUUUUUGAGAUUGCCCCGCCACUCAAAUUUUCAUUUUUGUUGAAAGCAUCCCCCGAGCCCAAAAUUACGGUGUUUAUUCAAAAAAUGCAUUUUUGAGAU